AUGGCGGAGGGUGGCGGCCCCGAAGGGCGCCCCGGGCCGGGCUCCGCAGGCUCUAACCUGAAGGAGUGGCUGAGGGAGCAGUUCUGUGACCACCCUCUGGAGCAGUGUGAGGACACGCGGCUCCAUGACGCAGCCUACGUGGGGGAUCUGCAGACCCUCAGAAGCCUGCUGCAGGAGGAGAGCUACCGGAGCCGCAUCAAUGAGAAGUCUGUGUGGUGCUGUGGCUGGCUCCCCUGCACGCCACUGCGGAUCGCGGCAACCGCCGGCCACGGGGACUGUGUGGACUUCCUCAUCCGGAAAGGGGCAGAGGUCGACCUGGUGGAUGUCAAGGGGCAGACCGCCCUGUAUGUAGCCGUGGUGAACGGCCACCUAGAGAGCGCCCAGAUCCUCCUGGAAGCAGGCGCAGACCCCAACGGCAGCCGGCACCAUCGCAGCAGCCCCGUGUACCACGCCUCGCGUGUGGGCAGGGCUGACAUCCUGAGGGCGCUCAUCAGAUACGGGGCUGAUGUCGACGUGAACCAUCAGCUGACCCCUGAGGCCCGGCCCCCUUUCUCCCGACGCCUCACCUCCCUGGUGGUCUGCCCUCUCUACAUCAGCGCAGCAUACCACAACCUCCAAUGCUUCAAGCUGCUCCUCCAGGCGGGGGCGAACCCCGACUUCAACUGCAAUGGCCCCGUCAACACGCAAGGCUUCUACCGGGGCUCCCCCGGCUGCGUCAUGGAUGCGGUCCUGCGCCACGGCUGUGAGGCAGCCUUUGUGAGCCUGCUGGUGGAGUUCGGGGCCGACCUGAGCCUGGUGAAGUGGGAGUCUCUGGGCCCUGAGGCGAGGGGCCGCAGGAAGGUGGACCCUGAGGCCCUGCAGCUCUUCAGAGAUGCCCGAAGUGUCCCCAGGACCUUGUUAGGUCUGUGCCGCGUGGCUGUGAGACAGGCUCUCGGCAAACACCGACUCCAUCUGAUCCCCUCGCUGCCUCUGCCGGAUCCCAUAACGAAGUUCCUGCUUUAUGAGUAG